AUGUUCCAGGAGGAGAAAAACAAGCUUUACGAGGAAUACACACAAGCCCUGCUUAGCAAUGAAAAGGCUUACAAGGCACUCAAAGCAGAGCAAGAGGUGUACAGACAAACCCAUAAACACUACCUGAAGAGCGAAAGCGACGUCAAGGCUCUACAGACGGUGGGGCACAUAAUUGGCGAGGUGCUGGAAAAGCUAAGUGAUGAGAAGUUUAUAGUCAAGAGCAGCCAGGGGCCAAGAUAUGUUGUGGGGUGCAUGAAGGCAAUAGACAGAGCAAAAAUAGCUACAGGAACAAGGGUUGCAUUGGACAUCACGACCUUGACGAUCAUGGUUGUACUUCCCAGAGAGGUGGAUCCAAUGAUUCAUUUGAUGGGAGAGGAAAGCCCCAGAGAGAUUUCCUUUGAGUCUGUUGGGGGUUUGAAGGACCAGAUCAGGGAGCUAAGAGAGGUGAUCGAGCUCCCAUUGAAGAACCCGGAUAUAUUCAAGAGGAUUGGAGUCCAUGCCCCGAAAGGGGUUCUUUUAUAUGGACCGCCUGGAACAGGUAAGACGUUACUGGCAAGAAUAGUUGCAGCCACGAUGGACGUGAACUUCCUGAAAGUUGUGUCGUCUGCACUAAUUGAAAAAUACAUAGGAGAGUCGUCGCGAAUGAUCAGAGAGAUGUUUGCUUAUGCAAGAAGAAAGGCACCGUGCAUAAUAUUCAUGGAUGAAAUCGAUGCAAUUGGAGGAAAAAGGUCGAGGGAGUCGAGCUCUUCGGAUAGAGAGGUUCAGAGAACGCUCAUGGAGCUUCUCAACCAGCUGGAUGGAUUCAAGGAGCUUGACAGUGUGAAGGUUAUCAUGGCAACAAACAGACCAGACAUACUUGAUCCUGCGCUUCUACGUCCAGGAAGACUGGACAGAAAGAUAGAGAUUCCUCUUCCUAAUGAGCAGGGAAGGAAGGAAAUCUUGAAGAUCCAUUCCAGACUUAUGAAUUCUAUUGAAGAAAUUGACUACGACUCGCUGGUGAAGCUAACCUCAGGGUUUAACGGCGCGGAUCUAAGGAAUGUUUGCACGGAGGCUGGUAUGAUUGCCUUGAAGGACGAGAGGGAUUAUGUGAAACACGAAGACUUUGUUAAAUCCGCCAGAAAAAUAGCAGAUGCAAAGAAACUCGAAACUAGAUUGGACUACAGGAAGAAGUAA